AUGGAGACAGUGGUUUUCGUCUUCUCAUUUGAUUGCUGUGCCCUCAUCUUCUUUUCUGUCUGUUUUAUAAUCACAUUAUCUAAUUUAGAAUGUGACUAUAUCAAUGCUAGGUCUUGUUGCUCAAAAUUAAACAAGUGGGUGGUCCCAGAAUUGAUUGGCCAUGUUAUUGUUGCCAUAUUAAUGCUUAUUUCAUUGCACUGGUUCAUCUUUCUCCUCAACUUGCCUGUUGCUACCAGGAAUAUGUAUCAAGAUACACAACUGAGGGCAGUUGAAGUCACACAUGAAGGAAGCCAUGAUCAAGCUUGGUUUUCAUUUCCUUUGUUUCUUCAUGUACCUUUAUAGUAUGAUUCUGGCUUUGAUAAAUGAUUGAACCUGGAAGGAGAUGCCUA